CCCGGCUUGGGGGCGGUGCCGCCGCUUUCUCGGUUCCUGCUUCCCGGGGAGCCCGGGGGAUGAGCGACAGAGCCCGGCACCGUGCACCGAGUCCCUCCUUCUCCUUCUCCUCCUCCUCGGUGCGGCCGCCUACCCUCGCCGCAGCCUCCCGUCGCCGCAGCGGCGGUGCCCAUGGCGGCGGAGCCGCAGCCCAAGGCGCUGACCCGCAAGCCCCUCCUGCUCAACAAAGUGGAGGGCUCGCAGGAGGUGGUGAACAUGGCAGCGAUCGUGCCCAAGGAGGACGGGGUCAUCAGCGUCUCCGAGGACAGAACUGUUCGUGUCUGGCUGAAGAGAGACAGUGGGCAGUACUGGCCCAGCAUAUACCAUGCAAUGCCAUCUCCAUGUUCAUGCAUGUCUUUUAACCCGGAAACCAGAAGGCUGUCCAUAGGUCUAGACAAUGGUACAAUCUCAGAAUUCAUUUUAUCAGAAGAUUACAACAAGAUGACACUAGUGAAAAGUUACCAGGCUCAUCAAAGCAGGGUCAUAAUGAUUCUGUUCGUCCUGGAGAUGGAGUGGGUGCUGAGCACCGGACAAGACAAGCACUUCACGUGGCACUGUUCAGAGAGCGGCCAGCGCCUGGGAGGGUACCGCACCAGCGCGGGGGCCUGUGGCCUGCAAUUUGAUGUGGAAACUCGGCACGUGUUUGUUGGUGAUCAUUCUGGGCAAGUAACCAUACUCAAAUUAGAGCAAGAGUCCUGCAGCCUUGUUACAACAUUUAAGGGACACACAGGCGGUGUCACUGCUCUCUGUUGGGACCCAAUACAGAGAGUUUUAUUCUCAGGCAGUUCUGAUCAUUCCAUUAUAAUGUGGGAUAUUGGAGGAAGAAAAGGAACAGCCAUCGAGCUGCAAGGACAUAACGACCGAGUUCAGUCUCUCUCCUAUGCUCACCACACUCGGCAGCUCAUCUCGUGUGGUGCCGAUGGGGGAAUCGUUGUAUGGAACAUGGAUGUUGAGAGACAGGAGACCCCUGAGUGGCUGGACAGCGACUCCUGUCAAAAAUGUGACCAGCCUUUCUUCUGGAACUUCAAGCAAAUGUGGGACAGUAAGAAAAUAGGCCUCAGGCAGCACCACUGCCGCAAGUGCGGGAAGGCCGUCUGCGGCAAGUGCAGCUCCAAGCGCUCCUCCAUCCCGCUGAUGGGCUUCGAGUUUGAAGUGAGGGUCUGCGAUAGCUGCCACGAGUCCAUCACGGAUGAAGAGCGGGCGCCCACAGCUACUUUCCAUGACAGCAAGCACAACAUAGUUCACGUACACUUUGAUGCCACCAGAGGAUGGCUCUUGACCUCGGGGACAGACAAGGUUAUUAAGUUGUGGGAUAUGACACCAGUAGUGUCUUGAUGAUGCACCAGUGGAACUUGAAGGGUGAUAUUUACAGAAGAAACAGAUUUCCUAACCCUAAUCACACUGCAGAAGAUAGAUAACACUGGGCGCAUACGGCAGAUGAGAAAGGAACUAAUGUGUUUACAACAAUUUUAUGUCCUCUGCUUGAUCAAGGCUGAACAUUUGCACGAAGACUUUUUCCACUUAUUCUCAAAAUAUCCAAGAAGGUAUUUUUUUAACUAAUGGUUUGUACGAUCUGACUUCAGUUGUCUUGAGUUUGUUCGGAAAAUCCGUGUGCGGUGCAAUUUUUAGUUUUUGUAUUUCCUUGUGUCAGGAUACUUGCUGCUUUGUACAGAGGGUUCUGGGUUUGUGUCUUACCAUGUACGUUUUCGGUAUCGACAGACUGCAUAAAGGCAAUCAGCUCUCCCCACAGCGAGCACCUCUCUAUUUGGGAUGUUCCUGCUGACGAUGCUCUCUUCCGUGGAGGAACUCCAGGCACGGUGCUGCACGUUCUUUGCGUUUGAUGGACUUGCAGUUCCUAAAAAGGGCUCUGCCAUCCACUUGUCCUCGCAGACAUCAGCCAGAGAGCGCUGGAUUGUUUUGCAGGAGCUGAAGUACAGCUUCCAGCCGCUCUCCUUGCUGCACAAGUUGCAAAACCAGGGGGCCAGGUUGCAUAGCAACUAAUUUCUACAAAAGCUGAAAUAGUUUUCCAGCUCAGAGCAUUGCAAGGAGCACACAGACCUGCUUUGAUGAGGCUGCAGGCUGAUUCUAAUGAAAUUAUUGACAACUGUGAGCAGCUUUUGGGAGGGUGUGCAUGGGGGCAUGGGGAGCGGAUCUAAAGCUGGUCUGGGUCUGAAAAGUCUGUUUUACCUCUACCUCUACCUUGCGCAGCAACAUUUCAGCAUUUAUAUCUGUCUGUGUUGUUGAACAUGAAUUUGUUUUUCCCAUUUUCCAUACGGUUAGUCAUAUUUAUUUUUUAAAAUGCUGAUGGUUUUUAUUAAUUUCCUCUCUAGAUCAGAAACUGAUAUUGCUGAAUGACACCCAUUGUCCUGUUGUCAUAUUUGACAGUUUCUUUUAAAAAAUAAAAAGUAUUUAAAAACCUGG